CAUUUUAUUGACAUCAUAACAUAGGUAAUCAAGUCGGUACUUUAGUACAUAGAAGUACACAGUCAUGAGACGAUGAAGUAUAAUUUAGGCAAAUUUUAUUUUUUGGUUAUAUAUCUAUAUAAAUUUAAGAUCAUGUGUAAUUUAGACGCUUUCAUUACCGGAGGAGAGUUAGUAAUAUACAACGUAUAUCCGCAUUCAGUUUUACUAGUAAUCGCUUGUAACAGGUCAGCUAUCUGCGGUGGUUCCGUGCUAAAUCAAAAUGUGGUACUAACAGCUGGACACUGUUUGGAUAGCUGCAUAGAGAACCCAAGAGGAAUCGAAGUAAGAUAUGGACAUGAGGAAAUAAAAAAAAUGAACAAGACAAAAGCGAAAAACUAUGUAAAUCAUCAUGAAUACCAUAGAGCAGAGAUUGUUAAUGACAUUGGUUUAGUUAUAACCGUUGAGAGGAUACCGUUAGAUGAUGUGGUGAAAAGGGUGAUCAUUAUGAGAUCCCCACCUAAUGAGAGAAAGGCGUACGUAGCUGGUUGGGGACUCGACGAAUUCAGGACUCGACCGGAUUCUCUGAAACACACGAGCGCCAUUAUCCAACCCGCAGAGUUGUGCAGACAAAAGAUAAUGGCAGAAGACGAUGACCCAACCACAUUCUGCGCAGGCCCUGUAAACGACACUGGCGCUGCAGACCGGGGUGAUUCUGGGAGUGCUCUCAUGAUCCAUCGCGCAAUACAAAUUGGCAUCGUCUCGUAUCAAAUAAGUCCAUGGACUCUGGUCGUUUACACUAAUGUCUCCUACUACAUGGAUUGGAUACAAGAGGCCGCGAAGACACUUUAUUGCGCAGGACAUGACAAUAGUAAACAAAACGAUACUGGACAAGAAUAAGAAAUCUGGUGAAAUGAUUAGUUAAGUAGGAAGGAUUCAUCGAGAUUUUAAUAAAAUGUAA